GUCCUCCGUUAGUAGAUAUAGGCGUGUGAAAUAUCGUUACUGACUGUUACUGAGAAUUUGUUUAAAUGAAAGAGAGAAUAAUAAAAACAGCUAUUCGUCUCCUCGCACACUUGUAAACGUACUACAUAAAUUCUUGUUUAAGUGUGCGUCAUGUACAGCAUUCAACGAUUUAACACAAUACUUUUGGAGUUUCGAUUUUAGCGUGUAUCUAUUUAAUGUUCCGUGCGGUAUUCAACAAUUGCUCAUCUCUGUGCAAUUGAGAUAAAAAAAACGCAUGAAGUAAUCAAACGGCAUUCAAUGAAACGAGUCGGUUGAUUUUCUGGAAUUCAAUUGUUGAAAAAUUUACAAAAAAAAUUAAAACGUAUUAACGCCAAGUAGCAAUAAAAAAAAACGUGCCGAUACAAUGUCAGUCAUCAUUUCUCAGCAAUACAAGACGAAGCAACAUAAUGUGCGGAAAGCUGGUAAUAUCGAACAAGUCGAGGUAAAGAAACGUGUACAAUACGAAAAUGAAAUUAUAAGGGGUAAAUCAAGAGUGAAAAACGUGCCAACCGCUUAUGGAGAUCGAUUCAUCCCUCGACGUCGUCAAUCGGCCGAACAAAUAUUCUACAAUUCAUCUUUCAAUCGUGAAGAAAAUGAGAACGACAUUUUCUACAUAAAAGCACAACCGUUUUAUUGGCGUCGCACCAACUAUCGCAUAAAUAUCAAAAUGCAAUUAGGUAUUAAUUUUGACAGGGAUUUGUUGAACUUUCACGAUCCGACAACAAAACAAAUGUGUGAACGGUCGUUCAAUCGAAAUCCAACGCAGAUUGAAUAUAACGUGCCAAGUAAAAGCACCGAAGAACUGGAUUGGUCAUGUCGUCCACGAUCGAAGCCGCUAUCAUACAGUGAUAGUAUACAUGAUAUGCCUGGAUUUGACAGGUACGAAAGCGGUAACAAUAUCGUAGAUUGGAGUAGUGCCGGUGAAAUUGCAGCGGUUUUUGAUUCAUCUUUAGUUCUGUGGAGUCCGGAAACCAAUCCAAUCGAAUUCGAAUUAAAAAACAUAAACGCAUUGAAAUUCGGUCCAAAUGACAAACUACUAGCAUUGGGAACAAAAAAUUUUACACCAUCAUCAUCACUACUACAGAUUUGUGAAAUUACUAGUAAACAAUUGAUUCGAAAAGGUGCAAAGAAAUUUUUGGAAAUUCCGAAGAAUAUAACAAGUAUUGAAUGGGAGAGGAAUGGAUGCAUCAUUGCGUGCGGUACAUCAACAGGAAUGGUUUUUAUAGUUUCGUAUCCAGAAAUGAAAAUAGAACAUCGAUUUAAAGCCCUUAAAACUGCGAUAAGUAAUAUGAAAUAUUCAAUUCGUAAUACAUUUAUUGCCAUAAAUAGUAGUAAUGACGGAAAUCUAUUGAUUUUAUACAACAAGAAAUUUAAUUUUGAGCAAUAUCUCGCACACGAAAAUGUUUAUUGUAUAGCAUGGCAUCCAUGGAUUGAAACAAAUCUGUUCAUUGGUUACAAGUCGCCCGCAUCAAUUCAUCUGAUGGAUUUGAAAACCAAAACAAUGAUUGCACAUUAUCGUCGCAAUGACUUACAAUAUUCACUAUGCGCCAUGUCAAUAAAUCCAUUAUCGGCCGAAUUGGUUGUAUCGUUUUCGCAUCAAGAAAAUGACGUCACCCACAGUGAUAUUCUCGUUAUGGCAUCAAUGAAUAGCAUCGUCGACAACAUAUCAGCUCAUCAAGAAGCCGUUUAUUUUAUAUUAUGGGAUCCAACUGGAACAAAAGUGGCUACAAUCGGUCAAGAUGAAUCGCUGAAUAUCUGGCAUUUUUUUGGUAAAUCUCAGAAGAAAGCGGACGAACUAAAGAAAAUGAAAGAGAAUAAAAACCAACCAAUGUGCAGUAAUUUUAAUUUGAAUAAUGUAGUUAUGCAAUCACGGUGAUCAUUUAUGAUCUGAUGAAAUCUUAUUAUAUUAAUUUAUCUCUAUACUGUAGAAUCAGAUUGUGUGUGUAUAUACGUAUUUUUUGACAAAAUAUUGCUAUGUUGCAAUUAUAUUAUCUUUUUUUAUCAUUUUCAAUUCAGAUAUAUAUAUAUAUUCUUAAUUCUGAAAUGAAUGUAAAUUUUUACAAAACUCACUUACGAACGAUAUAUGAAAUGUAUUAUCCAAAUUACCGGCUAAUAAUAUACAGAA